AUGAUGGACAAGAACUCGCAUUAUGGAGUAAAUCCGGGCCACGACGAGGCUUCAAGUGCCUUGGACACCUUCGAUGGUGUGGAUGGUGCGGAAGACGACAGGUGUCGAUGUCGACCAGACCGCAAGGAGGGACGAUCUGUGCUGCCUGGUACAGGUCCCGCAAGUCUCGACAUUGUCGGCGCUUGUCUCAACACCGCAAGCUCUCAUUGCAGUCCGCAUGCGUCGGGCAGCGAUGCCUUGCCUAACGGGAAUCCGGGGACUUUACCAUGCUUUGAGGGUGCUUGGAUGAGGGUCCGUCGGUCAGGCGGAGAGUGGGACAGGUUGGAUCAAGAUCCUACUUGUUGCAUGCGCUGGUUAACGCGAGACAGGUUGGAUCAAGAUCCUACUUGUUGCAUGCGCUGGUUAACGCGAGACAGGUUGCAGGAGUCCGGUGGGUUGCUUUGA